AGCCAUAUCUCAACAAUGGUACCGCACGAGUAUAAAACCCACGAUCGCGGGACAAUUUGACAUCAGUACUCGACUAGCGUUCGGAAGAAACAGUUGCAGUUUAAAACAAACCUACCAAUAACAAAAUGAUCAAGAUUGCUCUGAUUCUCGCCAUGGCCGUUGCCGUUUUUGGAUACGGUCAUGAACACCACGACUAUCAUUCCCAUCCCAGCUACAAGUUCGAGUAUGGAGUGAAGGAUCCCCACACCGGUGACCACAAGAGCCAGUGGGAACAUCGGGACGGAGAUGUCGUCAAGGGAGCCUACACCCUGCACGAGGCCGAUGGAACUGAGCGAGUGGUCGAGUACUCGUCCGACAAGCAUCAUGGUUUCCAGGCUCAUGUGAAGCGUGUGGGUCAUGCUCAUCACCCGGAAGUCUACGGACACCAUGAGGGUGGACACUCGUACGGUGGACACGGUCAUGGACAUGCUAGCAGCUAUGCUAAGCUUAACCAACAUCAUUGAGAAAUCAGAGCAUUGUGAUCUUUUUCCAUCCUCUUUAACUGCUACUGUGAUCUUAUCUUUGUAAAUAAAUUUCAUUUCAUCAUUUCUUCAAAACAAAACGCUUUCAGCUAAUGAUUAAUACUAAAAAUAUCCGAAAUUUGAUUUUUAGUUAAAUAUUUGUUUUUAUUUUCGUGUCCU